UCUCCUCCACCCCACAACCUGCCUGAAAUGCAAGAUUUAUGUUCUUUCCUGGGAUUGCGGUGGAAGGAAAAAGGCUUGGUUCGAUAAACCCCACAAUGUCACAGCUUCCUGUGAAAAAGAGGCGCCCGCGGAAAGCCGCCCCACCAGCCAUGCGGGAGGAUCCUCCGGUGCGUUUCCCUGGAGUGGUGCUGUGUCUGGUGGAGAAGAGGAUGGGGGCCAGCCGGAAAGCCUUCCUCACUAACCUGGCCCGCUCCAAGGGUUUCCUGGUGGAAGAGCCCUCCAGCGAGAGACUGACCCACGUGGUGUCGGAAGGUAAUUCUGGCGAUGAGGUGAUCGAGUGGCUGAAGAGGAAGCAGAACGGUUGUGUGGAUGCUGGCGGGAGCAAUCUGGCCCUGCUAGACGUCAGCUGGUUCUCCGAGAGCAUGCAGGCCGGGCGACCGGUGGAGAUUAAACCCAGACACUGCCUGACGGUGACUGUCUCCGCGGAGAAGCCCCAAGAUACAUGGCUGGUGGCAGCCUAUGCUUGCCAGCGCCGGAGUCCGCUUCCGAACAACAAUCAGCUGCUCACAGACGCCCUGGAAACUCUGGCUGAAGAGGCCCACUUCUGUGGCCACGAGGGACGCAGCCUGGCCUUCUCGAGAGCCGCCUCGGUGCUCAAGGCCUUGCCUCGGACGGUCAGGAGGGUUCAGGAACUGGAUUGUCUUCCCUGCCUAGGAGAGCACUCCAAGAGGGUUAUCCAGGAGGUGCUGGAAGACGGAACAUCUGCAGAGGUGGAGACGAUCCAGCAGUCAGAAAAAUUCCAGACGAUGAAGCUUUUCACCAAGAUCUUUGGUGUUGGGGUGAAGACAGCCCACCAGUGGUACCAGGAAGGGCGGAGGACACUGGACGACCUGAGGGGGCAUCCUGCACAGCUGAGCAAAGAGCAGCAGGCCGGCCUGAUUCACUACGAGGACCUCAACACCCCCGUGAAGCGCGCUGACGCGGAGGCGAUUGGUCAGGUGGUCCGGGAAGCGGUCAAUAAGUGCUUGCCCAGUGCCUCUGUGACUCUGACUGGCGGUUUUAGAAGGGGGAAGCCGAGUGGGCAUGAUGUGGACUUGCUCAUCACCCACCCCACGGAGGGCCAGGAAGCUGGGCUGCUGAAGAAGGUCAUUGCCUGCUUGGAUCAACAGGGCUUCCUGCUGUAUCACAGUAUCCACAGAAACACUUUCGAGUCCCUUGAAGACAGCGACCAAGAGCCGAGCAGCCAUGCAAGCUCAAUGGAUCAGUAUGAGCGAUGCUUCUCCAUUUUCUGCCUUGGUGACCUCCCUGGGGAUGCACAGGAAGGCGCUGGGGCUGAGAAGCCCAGCCGUGUGAGAAGGACUUCUGGAGCGUCUCGUUUUUGGAAAGCUGUAAGAGUGGAUUUGGUUGUGACUCCCUACAGUCAGUUCCCUUUUGCUUUGCUGGGCUGGACAGGAUCAAGGAUCUUUGAACGGGACCUCAGGCGCUUCGCUAAGCGGGAAAAGAAGAUGCUCCUGAACAGCCACACCCUCUAUCACUUGGAGCAGAAAACAUGGAUGUCGGCAGCCUCGGAGAAGGAAAUCUUCCAGCAUUUAGGUUUGGAGUAUAUACCCCCAGAAGAGAGAAACGCUUAAUAUGGAAAGAAUGCCUUUGGUCACAUCUGGACUCACUACUUCAUCCAGUGGAACAGAAGCGCCAGCUGUGUCUGCACCUCCCUGCCUUUUAAUGCAUUUCUUGCAACACUCUUUCCCUUUCCCCACGGAUUCAAAAAUAAGCCUGUUGGAACCAGAGCAUCGCACUUUCCUCGGCAGGUGGAACAGUGUUCCUGAAUCUUGCCAGUAGAACUUAAGAAAAUAAAUGAAAUGAAAUAAAGUUAAGAAAGUAAA